CCUUCUUCCUUCUCUGCCGUCGGCUGUUGCUGGGUAUAAGCUCCGGUUUUUCCUGUGGCCCGUGGAAGUUCCCCAAUUUUCCCGCUGGCUCCUUCCAUACCCGCCAGCUCCAGCUUUGCUUGCUCAGCAUUUCUGGUCCUUGAUUGCCCCGUGAUCUUAGCACUUGGAUUAAGCCUUUUGUCUGCGUGAUUAAGGUAGUGAGACCCGACGCGUGGGAAGCCCGGGGGAGUGACGAGCUAGACAGCUAGGCACUUUUGGACUUAGGUUUUUGUAGCUAAGCCGUUAAUCACCUAUGCUUGACUUAGAAAUUUUUGUGUACAGAACUCCCUUAGUUAUAGUCACGACUGUGUAAAUGAAGUUAUAAAUCCUUGUACAUUUUGACAAGUAAAUAGUUGGAAAGGAAAAAAAAUUAGAUAUUACCUGAGUUUCUAAAUCUGAGUUAGUGAUAUGAACUUAAUGGCUCCAAAACGGCGUGGACGCCCCCUAAAGGGUAGCCAUAAGGAUCAGGGCACGCCUCCGAUCCCAGAAGCUAGUCCCCCCACCCAAGCUGCUCCGCAGGAGGGAGGGACGAGUAAUCCUCAAGUGGCCAGCUUUGUUCAGGAACUUAUGGCUGAGAUAAGACGCCAAGUAUCUCCUGCCACAAGUGUACCACCUCCAUCCCCGGUGGUCUCUACUCCUGUGGCCCCUGCUUCGGUUUCCCCUAUUCCUAUCUCUUUUGCUCUUGCUGUGCCUAGCUGGAAGAUUUAUACAGAAUUUCAGAAGUUGAUGAUGAACAAGGGAUUCGAUGGUACUGCAGGUUUUGAGCAGGUGGAAUCAUGGAUUACUGAGGUGGAGCGGGGAUUCUACCUGCUGCAUGUUUCUGAUGACCUUAAGGUCAAUGUAGGCACUUACAUGCUUACUGGGAAGGCCUUAACUUGGUGGGAGAGUGUUCAUGCGGGAGUACAUACCGGACAGCAAAAGGCGAGAACUGCAAAGAGAAUAUGCAGAUUUAAAGCAAUGUCAGGUACUGUUGAGCAGUACAAGGAGGAGUUUGACCGCUAUCUGCGUUUUGUGGGUAGCCAAGUCGGCGAUGAGCAAGCCAAGGUCGACAAAUUUCUGUGGGGCUUAAAUUCUGACAUUUAUUUGGCGGUAAACCAAUUUAAACCCGCCACUUACCGAGAGGCUGCGGACAGAGCUAUAGAUCAGAAGAAGGCUAUGGCUAGAGUCAAGUCCUCAGGGCAGUUUAGUGGUGGGUCAUCCCUUGGGAAGAGGAAAUUUGAUGGGAGCCGUCGAUCCCUUUUCCUUGCACUGCCUAAGUCUGAAAUCAACAAGGGUUCUAAAUGGUCAGGAGCCACUAAAAUAGCGAGUCAGGCAUCAACGGCCCAACGUGCUCGUCCUACUCAGCUUAUUUGCCGUGCUUGUGGGAAGGUCGGGCACACCCGGGAUCAAUGCCACACUGCUACUGGGGCUUGCUUCAAAUGUGGCAAGCAGGGACAUCGGAUUGCAAAUUGUCCACUGCUAGACCCCAAAGCCCAGACCCAGCAGGCAAGAGUACAAGUGAUGACUCAUAAGGAAGCUGCGGCCACCGACGUAAUCACGGGUACCUUGCCUGUUAACUCUGAUUAUGCGCAUGUUUUAUUUGAUUUGGGUGCGUCGCACUCUUUUAUUGCUCGAUCUUAUGUUUUGAAACGAGCCUUGCCUGUUGAUACCUCUGAUUGUGAACUGCAUGUGGACACCCCUUUAGGAGGGGUGAUGACUACUAGAGAGGUUGAAUUUGCUAUUGACCUUGUUCCUGGCACCGGACCCAUUUCCAAAGCACCAUGCCCUCCAGUGUUGUUUGUCAAGAAGAAGGAUGGGAGCAUGAGGCUAUGCAUUGAUUACCAGGAAUUGAAUAAGGUGAAGAUUAAACCGGAUGAUGUGCCAAAGACUGCUUUUCGCACCCGUUAUGGUCAUUAUGAGUUCAUAGUCAUGCCAUUUGGCUUGACAAAUGCCCCUGCCAGAUUUAUGGAUUUGAUGAAUCGGGUGUUUAGCAAGUACCUAGACCAGUUUGUGGUUCUCUUUAUUGACGACAUUUUGGUAUACUCUUUUAGCCAUGCUUUUCAUGAGAAGCACUUGAGGACAGUCCUCGAGACGUUGAGAAGGGAGAGGCUGUUUGCUAAAUUCAAGAAGUGUGAAUUUUGGCUAGAUAAUGUUGCAUUCUUAGGUCACGUUGUGACUAAGGAUGGAAUCUCUGUUGACCCCCAGAAAAUUGAGGCCGUGGUUGAUUGGAAGAGGCCAAAUAGUGUUACAGAAAUCCAUAGUUUUUUGGGAUUGGCUGGUUAUUACCGUCGAUUUGUGGGGGAUUUCUCUAGAAUUGCUUUGCCCAUGACUCGUCUUAUCAGAAAGGACACCAAGUUUGAGUGGACCCCAGAGUGUGAGAAGAGCUUUUUGACCUUGAAGGAGAAGUUGGUCACUGCUCCUGUACUUGCACUUCCAAUUAAUGGGGGAAAAUUCACUAUAUAUAGUGAUGCCUCUAAAAAGGGUUUGGGAUGUGUCUUAAUGCAAAAAAAUAGGGUUAUUACAUAUGCUUUUUGGCAGUUAAAGCCUUAUGAAGAAAAUUACCCUACCCAUGAUCUGGAGUUGGCAGCCGUGGUAUUUGCACUCAAGAUCUGGAGGCAUUAUCUGUAUGGUGAGACUUGUGAAAUCUUCACUGAUCACAAGAGCCUUAAGUAUAUUUUCACUCAAAAGGAGCUUAAUAUGAGGCAUAGGCGAUGGCUUGAACUUUUAAAGGACUACGACUUGACCAUUAGCUACCAUCCGGGCAAGGCUAACAAGGUAGCAGAUGCGUUGAGCAGGAAGUCCUCUGGCACUGCCUCUAGCAUCCUUGCCACUCAAAAGGAGUUACUUGAGGAUCUUGUGAAACUGGAUGUGGAGUUGAGAGUGGACAGCACUACGGCUUAUCUAGCCGCCCUCAGUGCACAACUGGCAUUAAUAGAUAGAAUUAAACUUGCCCAACAAAAAGAUUCCUUCUUGUAGAAGAUGAAGGAAAAAGUAAGAGCCGGGGAACCCCACAUGCAAGAAUUCAGGAUUUCUGAUGAUGAGAUUCUGUGGUUUGGUGACAGGCUGUGUGUACCCAGAGAUCAUGCUUUAAGGCGUGAGAUUAUGGGAGAUGCCCAUUAUACUAGCUAUACA